UAGGUAAUUAUCAUAAACAAAGCCAUACAAGCAGGUUGGCAGCACUUACACAACUAGCAAUUUCGAGCAUUUGAAUUUAACAGCAGUUUUAGUCAGAUUGGCAUGUCUGAGCCGCGCGUCCCUUGCAAAAAGAAUUCCUGUACAGAAAACCGGGCUGUUUGCGCUAAAAAAACACAAAAUAAAGUGCGUAAUAAACGUCUAUUGCACUGAAAAACUGUUCGGUUAGUGUUGCGCGAGUAUCAGUUAUAGUGUUAAACGUGUUUUUAUGUGCGCUGUACAAGUCUAGCUUUACUUUUCGCUUGCGGCUUCCUUUUUCUAUUCAUUUUCUUCUGCACCAAGCGAAAGUUGCAGCCGCCACCGUCGCCGACGCUCAUACCGCCCACAAGCUCACAAAUUUUCAUUCGCAGCUGCAUUGUAAUUAAUUUAAUGCUAAAUGUAUAAUGUCGCUGGAUGGCGCCCAAUUAAACUAUGUAAAUGCCGCUGGCACUACAGUCGCAUACACGGCGAAAGGACGUAACUUCAAUGUGGGCUCCUUUUUGGGCUGCGAUUUGGUGCUGCCCGAUGCUGAGCGCAUUCACUGCGAGAUACAAUGCGAUGCCUUUGGCAGGGUAACCAUCUACAAUCACUCGAGCAGCGAGCCAAUCCUGCUUAACGAUCAGAUUGUGCAGAUGAAGGCCAAGCGUCCACUGCUGCAUGGCGCACGCAUUAAAAUACUGAAUGAAUCGUAUAUCUGGCAUUUUCCCAAAAGUGAAGAGUCUAACACACCGGAUCGACAGCCACCGGAGCAGGCGCCAAAUUCAUCGCCCAGUUUAAAAGCUCACCGACAACGUCGUCAAUUCGACAAUCGCCUCACCGUCCACAACUUUCGAUAUUCAAUCAAUUCGGACGAUGAUGGCAACACAUCCAUUGAAUCGCGCGAACUGGAGCUUAGCACGAGCAGCAAUGCAGCAGAGCCUACGGUUGCGGCAGAGCCGGAACGCUGUAUAACACCGCCAGCCAAAGACGUGGACGAUACGAUGCCCAAAGUGGAUCUGCUGGAGGCGACACAGAACAAGGAGAAUACCAGCAAGCCUUGCAAUAAGCUAAUGCUACAGUUGUGUGCCCGCUCGGAUGUGGCAAUCACAUCGUUUUCACCACGCGAAACGGGCGUCAAGAUUGAAAAGUCCUUCAUGCGCGUGAUGAAACCCAGCACAGCAAUCGGACUGCUGUCGGCGGCGACAACGCCGAAAAGCGUCUAUAAUACGCCGAAGAGUGUGCUCUCCGAACAGAACGAUGAUAGCUGCAGUCGCGAUCUAAUGGAGUUCAGCACGCCGUCCACAUCGAAAAAGGCUCUGGCUGGCAAACGUGCAUCAUCCAUGUUUCUAAUUGAUUUGACAACGCCGCAACGGUUGCGGCCCACAUUAGCCGUGACGCCCAGACAUACGCCCGGCAGUGCUGGCAUCAUCAGUGUCGACUCCACAGAUGAAUCCUCUGAUGCUUCGCCGCUGGUCAUAGACAUAACCAACUCGUCCACGCCCUCAUCAUCAAAACAACAGCCACGUCUGUUGGCCAAAACGCCCAAGGAGCAGUUGCUGGCGGCCGGGUCCACGCCGAAGCGUACGCCGCAGUCGCUGAUGAAACGUGCACUGAUCACCAGCGCCAAGAAGCAAUUGCCCACAACUAACAGCAAACGCACCACGCCGGCGGCAACGUCUGGCAGGCAGUCGCUGCUCGAGGCACGUCGUCAGUGCCUGACCGCGCCACGACGCCUGCCCUUCCACCCGCAGCCGCAAUGGCGCACAGUGGGCCGUCGUCAGCAGUCCGGAGUGCCUGCCAAAGCACCGCUGACAUCGCCACGCAAACGUCAGUCGGUAUGCUUAAGCAGUCCGCGCGACAACAAAAUCUCGCAGGUGCGCAAAACGCUGGCCGCCGCCGCCAAGCUGAGUCCCGGCAUGGGUAUGAGCAACAAGCUGGUGGCCAAAGCACGUCGUGCUCUUAACUCGCCCAAGCAAAAUUCACCGCAGCGCAUCGCCUCGCCCAAAGUUGAUGCGGCACAGCCAAAAGGAGCACCAGACCUUGCAGCCAAUGACACCUUUACAACAGAUCUUGAACUUAAUUCUUCAGCUGAGCUGAGUCGCACGUUUACCAUAGAUGAUAAUGGCGAGCACGUGGAACAGCCCAUGGCAGCAGCAGCUUUGGAGGCAGUGGCUGCUUUGAUAAACGAUGAAGAAAAUGGAAAGCCUCUCCUAGUUGGUUUGCUGGACAGGAGUGUGGAUAAGAGCAAACAGCUGGAAGCUUCUUUAAAUGAAAUUCAAAGUAAUGGCAAUGCUGCACGAUUGGAGCUUAAUGAGAGCAGCACAGGAAUUGUGUCUGCAGCAGCCACCAAAGAUACCGAAAUUUCCAGAACAAGCAGCGAAAUCAGUGAAGCCAUGAAUAAGACCAAUGAUAAGCAUGCACUAGACAGAACCUUCGAUGCGAAUGUUUCUCAGAAUUUGCCUGCAGAUAUUUGUAUUGAAGCCAAUAACGAAUCCCUGAAGGCAGCCGUGGAGCAUUCGACAACAGUUGAGCCUACCAGUGUUCGGAAAGAGAAUCUUAGACCGACAGAUGUUGAGCAUAAAGUUGCCAGCGAUGAUAAAUCUAUUGGAUCACAAGAAACAGACCAGGAAUUGAUUGAGGAUCCACACACUGAAAGCGUGUGCAAUGUGACAACAGUUGAUGUUAUUGACGAUAGCAUCUGCGAGGAGGUGGCCACAACAACAACAUAUCAAGAAGCUGAGGAUGGUAUUACAGACCUGCAUAUAGCUGAGGACGCCAUUUGCGAGGAGGUGCCUACCAGCCAAGAGAAUGCUGUCCAAGAUAAUGAUUCGCCAGAAGAAGGUGUCGAACAGAUAGCACCAAGACGCAGCAUGCGACGCCUUUCAGUGGAACAGAGUGCAGUCGGCUUAACGACCAGACGCAGCGUUCGCCGCGCCUCAAUGGAGGCCAGCAACAAACUGGAGCAGUGCAGCAAGCCCACACGUCGUGCCUCGUGCACGGCGAGUCUGGAAAAUCAAGUAAACGUCAUUGCUCCCGCCACGCCCAAACGUAAGCGGCGCCUCACGGAGGAGCUGUCCACGCCAACUCGCAAAUCGCUACGCCUGCUAAUCCAUACACCGAAGCCAGCAGCGGAAGUGGACGAAUCUGUGGGCGACAUGGGCGUCAUAGUAGAAGAGGAGGAUGCACUACAGAUAGAAGCUAAUAAAUUGCCAGCGGAUGAGGAUUACGGCAAUGAACUGACAGCUGAUGCGAAUGAACCAGAUAAAAUUGACUACCAUGGCAUGCGGGAGCUGUUGAAGACGCCCAAAAGCUGCAGUACACCGCGUUUCAAGGGACUCCGCGAAAUGAUGCGCACACCCAAGGUGCCCAAAUCGCCAAUACUGGGCAACAUUGACGAGCUACUGGAAGCUGAUUCAAAUGAUGCAACUGGCACUCCCAAACGUCAACUAACUGUAAAUCGUGUUACAUUGGAGCUGACACAUUCCGAAGCGCCGGGCGAUGCACAGGACUUGUAUUUCAAGACGCCGCGUGGCAAGAAUCUAAUGAUACCAAACGAGCCCGCUAGCGCUGUGCUGAAAACGUGUGAGAAUUCGCUGGCCACGACCACUGAAUACGAUUUGAAUGCAACAAAUACAACGUUGCACUUGGAUAAAAUCUUUGAUGAUGUGCUGACGGCGGAAGCAACGAAUCCCGUCAUCACUGUCGAGGACUCGGAGGCCGAGAUAAAUGUGACUGCUGUCAGCGUAGCCAAUACUUCCGCUCCGGAUCCGUUGUCCACAACUGUAGCAAGAGACGAGUCUGUGGAACCGAGUGACACUAUGAACUCCGAGGCGCUGAUGACAAUUGCUAAUAUUGAUGGCAGCAAUCGGGAUCCCUUAACAAGCACCGCAUUCAAGCCUGGCGCUGGAGGAGAUCUUCAUACGAGUGCGCUGAGCAAUGAGCGUUAUUCGGAUAUAGCCAAAUCAACGGAAAUUUGCGAAGUGAGCGGCAUACAACUACUCGAUCAGACAUCGGAUUCCAUGUUCUCUGAGCAACUAAUUGUUUCCGGCGUGGCCUCGUGCGAUGUGACAUUGGAGGAAACAAAGGCCACGGGUCUUGUAAAAUUGCGUACGCCCAGGAAAGAGAGGCUGGAAGAAGGCUCUGAUACGGAUUCGAUGGUGGGUCUGACUGAGCCUCUAGUACUUAGCGACGAUGAGGAUGAGGUGGAAGUGGUACCAGAUGGCAAUGAGCAACUAGAGAAGCCAAAUGCCAACAAAUCUGUCGUUCAAGUAGAAGAAACUCAUCUUGAACAGGAGCAUUCUCAUCAUGUUUCUAUCAAAGAACCGGAACAAGAUAGAUACGAUUUUGAUAUAGCUGAGAACUCAUCGGUCAAAGAGCAAGAGUCCAUUGAAAAUAAAUCAGCUAUCUUAGAUAAUUCUCAGAAGAAUGGCCAGGAAACUGAAGUCUCAAUUGUCGAGGAAUUAUCAGUUCAACUUGAAACAUCAACUCAAACCGUAUUCCAGAUUGAUUUGGAGGCAACUAACAUAGACGAAACGUUGGCUCAGAUUGAUAUCAAAAGAAAAUCUACAAUUUAUACUAUUAAUGUUAGCCAGGAUGAAGUUAACACGAGCUUAGAAGAAUCUUUAGACAACAAUUUAAGCAAAGUGCAAGAUGAGUCCAUUAUUGAACUGAAUGCUUCAAGCGCAGCUGAAGAAUCGUUGAGCAAAGAUAUAAAUAAAGCUCCAGACGUGUGUAAAGAUGAGUCCAUAAUAGAACUGGAUGCAUCAAAUGCAGCAACGUCUAGUGUUGGGGAAUGGAAUAAAUCAACAGUUAAUGACAAAAAUAAAGACUUUCAGUUCAAUAAAUCUCAGGAUCUUGAGCAACUAGCUGAUGAACUCGAAGCCGUCGAUGAACCUGUCGAAGAAUGGUCGAUUGAAGAAGUUCUGGAAUGUGAACUCUCCAGCAAAGAAAAGGGUGAGAUUCAAAAAGAGCAAAGUCCAGAGCUUAAAUCAAAUGUAUCUAAAGAAUCCCUUGAACAUGACUUGGCAAAAGAUACAAAUGAAGCCGAAAUACCGGGAACACUUGAAGCCACAAAUGAGCAAGAGUCUAUUCUGGAAGAGUUUAUAGAGUCCAAAGAAACCUCAAUAAGUAGCACAAGCGCAUCUAGGGAAACUGCCGAUGUACAAGCUGAGGAAAUUACAAAAACACCUGCUGAUGAGGAGGCAAUUGUUCAAAAUGUUACGAUUACAGUCGACCUAGAAGAGUCCGUUAUCGAAUUGGAUGCCUCUGUACUAGAAGAUGCAGAUAUUCUAAUUGAACAAUUAGAGGAGCAAAUUCCAGAGAUCGUUAUAACAUCGCCCAGUGAGAUACUAGAUUUGAGUGAAGCUGGGGUGGAAGCUAUUCAACUAAAUGAGUUGUUGAUGGAAAUCAGUGCCUCAACGGUGGCUCAAACUGAAUGCAAAGGCGAGGCUACCUCUAUCGAAGCUGAGCCGGAAAUGGAGAUGAAUGCCUCAGCAGGCAAAUCAGUUGUUCAAGAAGAUAUCCAAGAAUCUAUGCCAGGAUCUGCCGAGGAAUUGUUAAACCAAUUGAAUCCCACCGCUGAAAGUGAAUCUGACAAUGCCGAAUCUGAGGAAUCUGCUGCUCAAGCUAUCCUUGAAAGCAGUACAACCAAUGAGAAUGAGUCGAUAGUUCAGCUUGAUGAUGAAAACGAAAAUAAAUUCACUGCAUCGUUUGGUGAUAUCCUGCCCAGAUCUUCCGAAGAAUCCUCAGCGGACACGAACGAAGCUCCCGCCAAUGUAGAAGCGUCACUGAUUGAACCAGAUGCAUCCGUUGCAGUCAAAGGCGAUAAGAAUGAGCAAAAUGUCAAUGAACAGGCUAGCGAAACAAGUGAAAAAUCAAUUGGUGAUAAGGAUAAGAAUACAACUCAAGGCGAUGAGGAAGUCACGAAUGUAGAUGAGUCCGUCAUCGAAUUAAAUGCUUCAGUUGUAGCAGAAGCUGAUAAUACUUUGGAUGAACACAAAGAACAAGCACCUGCACCAUCUGAAGUCACGAAUGUAGAUGAGUCGUUGAUUGAACCGAACACAUCAGUUGUGGGUGAAGCAGAUAAUGUGGACAAACAGCUUGGUGCAGAAGCUCCUGAAAUGAUGGAAUCAUCUUCUGAAAGAGCUUCGAUUGAGGCUACUGAUGCACAUGAAAUGCACGUCACUGAUGAAGCUAUGCAUGAGUCUGCUAUUGAAUUGGAUGCUUCAGUUGUAACAACAACUGAAAUUCCAAUUUCAUCCAAAGAUAAAGCGUCAGUGGAUGAGGAAGCUAAGCGGAAAGAUAAUUGCUCGUUUAAAUCGAAUGCAGAGACGGAAGGACAGGAAUCUCUUGAAAUAUCCAUAAACGAAAAGCAGACGGAAGAAGAAAAUACAACCAAUGGCAAACAAGAUGAACCGAUAGAGGAAAUACCACCUUUUAUUGAAUCCUCAGCUCAAAGCCAAGACAUAAAGGAAGCGGUGAAUACUGUUUUAGAUGCUUCGACAGCAAAUCAGUCAGAUCUUGAGGAACCUAUUGAGAUCUCGCAAGAUAUCAAAUCUGACCAUGAAAAAGUUGUGGAUGUAAUCGAUACAGAUGCUGCAUGCAAAGCUGGGGAUGAUUUUAUAGAAGAAAAUGAAAACCUACUGGCAAAAUCAAGCCCAGUUCCAGAAUCAUCAGUACAGGCUGAAGAGUCAACUACAAACUUGGAUUACACGGCUGAUAAUGUGGCAGAGAAGGACAUCGAAGAAUCAAAAUCAAGUCCCGUCGCAGAGUCUAUAGAACUACAGGUUGAGGCUUCAAAUGACACUUUGAAUGAAUCCGCCUCAAGUGUAGCCAAAAUGGAUGAAAAUGUGACAGCUGAAGCUGCGCCUGACGAACAACUGGGAGUUCAAGGAGAAAGUAAUCAAGUUCUUGACCAAAUAGAAGCUGCAAGCGCGGAUCAGUCGGAGCUGAAUGUUGUAGCUGAAAAUGAUCAGAAGAAGCCCACGAUUGACGAGGAGGAGUCUUCUGAAGAAUCAGAAAAAGUUGAGGCAGCUAUUAAUUUGGAUGCCAGCUGCGCGGCUGAGAAUGAUCCCGAAUCUGUAGCAGAUAAUUCGAUUGAAGAAAGCGCGGAUCAGUCGGAGCUUAAUGUUGUAGCUGAAAAUGAUCAGAAGAAGCCCACGAUUCCCGAGGAAGAGUCUUCUGAAGAACCAGAAAAAGUUGAGGCAGUUACUGAUUUGGAUGCCAGCUGCGCGGCUGACAUUGAUUCUGAAUCUGUAGCAGAUAAUCCAAUUGAAGAAAGCGCGGAUCAGUCGGAGCUGAAUGUCGUAGCUGAAAAUGAUCAGAAGAAGACCAAGAUUGCCGAGGAAGAGUUUUCUGAAGAACCAGAAGAAGUUGAGGCAGCUAUUGAUUUGGAUGCCAGCUGCGGGGCUGAGAAGGAUUUCGAAUAUGUAGCAGAUAAUCCGAUUGAAGAAAGCGCUGAUCAGUCGGAGCUGAAUGUUGUAGCUGAAAAUGAUCAGGAGAGGCCCACGAUUGACGAGGAAGAGUCUUCUGAUGAAUCAGAAAAAGUUGAGGCAGCUAUUGAUUUGGAUGCCAGCUGCGCGGCUGAGAAUGAUUCCGAAUCUGUAGCAGAUGAUCCGAUUGAAGACAGCUUAGCAAUGGAUACAGAAGAGCAGUCGAGAGAUUUAUUGACUGGCGUCGAAGAAUUUUUAGCUGAAGAAGAAGAAUUGGCUGGACAGGAAGAUAAAGGAGUUGGUAAAAUGGCAGAUCAACCGAAUGCUGCACAGGAAACUGAAACUAAUCAAUCCGAAGGAGCGGAAGAUAUUAUUCCAAUGGAAGAGAUCAAUUUAAGCUCGUCUCAAGUUGAAAGCCUAGACAAAGAUGAUGAGGAUGAGGUGGAGAAAACUGAAAAGAUGCCCGCAGAAGUUUCACCUGUUGAAAGCGAGGCGGUAAUUGACUUGGAUGAUUCCACAGUUGACUCCAGCUCUGUAGCUGCGACUGUGAUUGAAUUAGAUGAUUCUACUACAGCAGAUUCCAGCUCUGAUGCAACAGUUAUUGCACCUUUUGAUGAAGCGGUUAUUGAACUGAAUGAUUCCUCAACUGACACCAACUCUGUGCUGGAUAAACAAAGUGAGGACACAAAAGCUGAACCUCUUGAAUCACCGCCAAUGCAAGUCGCAAUCGAAUUGCCCGAAGAUAGCAGCUCGAUUUCGAAUAUAGAAAAUGCCGAUGCCGAAGCAAAUGUCACAACUACCGACAACUUAAAUCAGGUAACAGUAGGCGACGGGUACGAACGGCAGGCAGUCUCUGAACAGGUUCAAAUAGAGGCAGUAGCUACUGAAGCCCAGAAAGUAAACGAAGCUGAAAAUUUGGAGAACAAAAUGGAGGAAGAGCCAAAGAAAGUGCGACGUGGCCGCAGGCCAUCAAUACUUGUGGAACCCGAAGCCGAACCUUACGAACCGAAGUCAAGCAAACGUGGCAACAGAAACGCAACACCUACUGUGAAGGCAGAAAAUUCCAAGCUCAGCAGACGACUGUCAACAGAUGUGUUUGCCGAAAGUCAAGAUCAAGAAACUAUUGAGAAAGCGGAAGUGCAGCAGAAGGUGGAUGUCGUCGAAAAUAUUGCGCGUGUGACGAAUGUGAAAAAGGCGCCAGAAGCUGAUGAUAAGACCAUGGAAAAGCCCAAGCGACUUAGACGCAAAUCUACGGCGGAGCUUGCGGAAAAUGUAAAGCAAGUGUCUGCAGAGGCGACUGACCAGGAAAAGCCGAAGCGGCGUGGCAAAAAACAUGCCGCUGAAAUUGUUGAUGCCCAAGUAGAAGGGAAAACGGACGACAGGACUAAAAGGUGUGGACGUAAAUCUGCGUUGGAGACGGAUGAAAGUCAAGAAUCCGUUGAAAAGCAGGAAGCUGAAAAGAUUGCAGAAGGAGUCGAAAUAAGUACAGAGAAUAAGUUCGAUGAAACAAGCGAUUUAACCAAAGCGAAACGGCGUGGAAGAAGAUCAACAGUUGAUGUCGAAGUCGAGAAGAAUGUGAAAGACACAAUCGCAGAAAUACAUAAACCGAAACGCCGUGGAAGGAAACCAACGGUGGACACUGAAGCAGUUGAGCGGGAAGUUGAGGAGACAAUCGCAGUAGGAAUUGUCACACACGGAGAGAUUGUCGCCGAAGCGAGCGAUCUAACCAAAACAAAACGUCGUGGAAGAAAAGCUACAGUUGAGGCAGUUGAAACGGAAUCCCCUGCAGAGAAGAAAGUGGAAGAAGCUAUCGAAGCAGAAAGUCAAACGUCUGAAGAAGCAAACAGUCUGCCCAAAACAAAACGUCGCGGAAGAAAAGCGACAGUUGAGGUUAAUGAAACUAAGCAGCAAGCUGAGAAGUUGAAAGAAGCAAUUGUGGAUAAAACAAUGGACUUGGAUAAGCCUAGGACGAGACGCGGCCGAAAACCGACAACGGAAAUUGAACCAAGCGAGGCGCCGGCACAAGGGAAACUCGUAGAGGGAACAAAUGACGAAACACAUACUCAAGUGGAGAAGGAAGAGGAGUCAACCGAUACAGACAAGCCAAAGCGACGGGGACGCAAGCAUUCCGCUGAUGUUGAAGCUGAAGCGCCGGAAGUUGUUGCAUCCGUAAAGCCCAUUGAGGAGCCAAUCAAAGAGAAGCCCAAACGACGCGGUCGCAAGGCAUCAUCGGCAGAGGUGGCAGAAACAACCGAAACAGCGCAGCUGCCAGAGCGCAAACCCGCGCGUACUGCACGCAAAGCUUCAGCGGAAACUGUGGAGCAGCAAGCAGCAUCCAAGGAGCAUCUUGCUAUAAUUGAAGAAGCAGCCGAGCCGGCGGCAAAGAGCAUGCGUUUGGAAGACCCAGCUGUGGCGGAGACGUCGUCCACAGUCAAAAAGCGUGGCCGUCGGCCAUCUGUCUCUGCGGAAUCUGUGCAGCCAGCAUCCCCGGCACAGGAGCUGGUCGUGGCAUCCGGUUCACGGGAGAAGAGUGCAACGCGACGCGGACGCAAGGCCACAGCCGAUACAGAUGCGCCAGCUGAGACGGCUGAGCUUAAGCAAAAGCGACGCGGUCGUAAGGCAUCGGACGACGGAAUGCACUCAACGGAUGAAACGUCGCAGGAGCCAGCAGAGAAACAAGCUAGGCGUGGUCGCAAGCCCAGCGCGGACGUAGAGCACAAAGCUGCCGCAGAAGCAGAGCCGCCAGUCGAAAAGAAACCCACGAAACGACGCGGUCGUAAACCGUCAGUUCAUAUAGAAACCUCCGUGGAGAAGCCGCCGCCGCCGACGCCGCAGGCGAAGAAGGCAACCGCGCGACGUGGACGCAAAGCCUCAUUGUCCGCAACGGUUGAUGAGCUGGAGCAGCAGCUCGAUGUGCAGAAUUUGCACGCGCAGCUGCCGGAACCAGCCAUAGUUGUUGUGGCAGCAUCGCCAAAGCCACAGCUGCCAAGCUCAGAGGAUGAGCUAACGCCGCGACGUCGCGAAGGACGGAAUUUACCGCGCAAGAACUAUGACGAAACAUCGGAUGAGGAUAAGUUGGGCUCCUCGUCUCGCCGAGCACGUAAACCUGCAGCCGGCAAAACGGCCGCAACUACAGCUGCCAAAUCUCCAGGUGCAGGAACAUCGCCCAUACCAAAGCCCAACACGCCGCUGCCCACCAAGCAAAAAGCAACCGCGGAGCCGACUGUGGAGCCCGUGGAGCCCGUGGCGCCGCACACGCCCACUGGACAGACGAUUGUACUGCCAGAUCAAACAAGUUCACAGCGACGUGAGGGACGCAAUGUGCCGCGCAAGAAUUACAAUGAAACGUCCGACGACGAGAAGCCGGCCACAUCGCGGGGACGUCGUGUCCGUCAGCCGACGGCCAAGGCGCUGGAGCUUUUGGUGGAUGCAGCUGUGCAACGUCCCGCUACGCCCAAGCGGCGCAAGGGCAAAGCUGCCGCCGAACACGAAGCCGAAGCCGAACAGCCGCCAGAGAAAAAGGUCGCAGCGGACGAGGCCACGCCUGUGGUAACCAAACCGCGUGGCGGUGCGCGGCGCAAGGCGCCUGAAAUGGAUGGAGGGGCCGAUAUUGUAGCCGCAGCAGCUAAACGCGUUGCACGCAAUCGCAAGGAGAGUGCCACCAGUCAACACGAAGAGGCCGAUGUGGAGGAUGCGGCGGAGCCAAAGCAGACGCCAGCGAAGCGCAAUGCACGCAAAGCCAAAGCAGCUGAGGCGCAGCCAGAGGCGGAGCAGCCGGCUACCAAAAAAGCCCGAGGCGGUGCACGCGCCAAGACGCCAGUCGUUGUGGCGGACCCGAACGAUGUGGAGAUGGAUUCAACGGAGGUGCCGGCCACCAAGCGAGCACCGGCUGCACGUGGACGUGCUGCACGCACCACCAAGCCCGUCCAGGAAGUAGAAAAUGAGUCGGAGACGCCGGCACCCAUACGCGCCGGACGCGGUCGCAAGGUGCACUUCGAGACGACGGAAGAGACAACAACGUCAACAGCAUCUGCGGCCCAGCCUGGGCAAUCCGAAGCGCCCAAACGUGCCACACGCUCUCGUCGUAAAUAAAUCAACAUACAUACAUAUAUAUUAUAUAUUUUAACAUAUUUACCAUUUCUCCGUUUAAAGUUCAUAAGUUUUUGUUUAUUGUUUAUGCCUCCUGUGUACAAAAAAAAAAUGGUUUGCAGCAUGGUAAUAUAUAUUUAGCUACGUACUGUUAA